AGUAAGCUCCCGGGCUGCGGUACUGUGCGGAGUCCAGAGGUCCUGAGUCUGACAGCACCGCGAUCUCCUCUCCCAUCUUCUUCUCGCCGCCAUGGAUAAUGCCUGCGAGUCGCCCACGGAAAAAGGUGGAGAGACAGGCGAGUCAGAUGAGACGGCCGCUGCUCCUGGGGGCCCGGGGGUUACUGACACGGACGGAAUCCCGGAGGAAACUGACGGAGACGCAGAUGGGGAAUUGAAAGAGGCCUCGGCUGAAGAAGGCGAGCUCAAGAGUCAGGAUAUCUCAGAUUUAACAGCAGUUGAAAGGGAAGACUCAUCAUUACUUACUCCUGCAGCCAAAAAACUGAAAAUAGAUACCAAAGAAAAGAAAGAGAAGAAGCAGAAAGUGGAUGAAGAUGAGAUUCAAAAGAUGCAAAUCCUGGUUUCUUCUUUUUCUGAGGAGCAGCUGAACCGUUAUGAAAUGUAUCGCCGGUCAGCUUUCCCUAAGGCAGCCAUUAAAAGGCUGAUCCAGUCCAUCACUGGUACCUCUGUGUCUCAGAAUGUUGUUAUUGCUAUGUCUGGUAUUUCCAAAGUUUUCGUCGGGGAGGUGGUAGAAGAAGCACUGGAUGUGUGUGAGAAGUGGGGAGAAAUGCCACCGCUACAACCCAAACAUAUGAGGGAGGCUGUUCGGAGGCUGAAGUCGAAGGGGCAAAUUCCCAACUCGAAGCACAAAAAAAUCAUCUUCUUCUAAACCACAGUCUAGAAGGGCCUGGUACUGAAGGAGGAAGUACUCAUUCCAGACUUCCUAUUGCAUGAGACUCUCUGCACUGGUGCUUUAGUAUCUCAGUCCUCGAAGGAUUCCAUGAUGCUUUAAUCUCUUCCUCAAAACUCUGAUACUCAUUAUACUUUGAAGGCAUGCAGCCUGUUUCAUAACUUGCCUUGACUAAAUAUUGGGACCUCUGAGGGCAUUCUGAGGCAUUUAACUAUUUAUUACUGGCUAGUUGGGAGAAGAAAGGUUGAUGAGCCUUAAGCAUCUUCUGGACAGGAAUGCUGCUUUCAGGAAGAAAACCCUUCCAAGACGGUUUGAUGGUUUCACAUUGAAGCCUGAAGUUGCAAUGACUUAGGAUGUUUCUUACAUUUGGUUUUAAGUAAAUGAAACAAUCAGAAACUUUUGACUUGUGAUACUCUACCGUGAAGGACACGGUGACAGCAGGAGUAGUGGAGUAGUCUGUCCCUGUAAACAUUUUGGUGAGUGAUCAUUAAACUGUUUUCCAACU